CGCCUUUAUUAGUUCGCCCGACCGGAAGCGAGCGCGCUCCCCCGCCGCCGCCGCCGCCGACGGACGACCGACGCGAACCUAGGGUUUCGCGCAUUCCCCCGCUCCGCGUCGGUCCGGAGGUACGCCAGGCCCGCCUCCUCUCGCUCCGGUCUGCUGACGAUGGAGCAGUCCUUCAAGUUGAACCCACAUGCCACUCCUUUUGUGCCUGCCUCCAAGUCUUCUUUCACAGAAAGCUUGAAAGAGAAGAAGGUCCCUGAGAAGCAAGUGGAUGAAACUGCUGACAAGUUUGCUGGCUAUGAACUCCCAGACUCGCUUUCUUUUGAUGACUAUGCUGAAAGCCUAGGAAAAAUCAACAUCUGUGCCGAGUCUUCAUCAAAAGAAGAUGCUGCUGGAAGAGCUGUUGCUCCAUCACAGUACAAGGGAAGUGAUGCGGAUUAUCAUCUUGCCAUGGUGCAAGCUAUCUCUCUGCGUUUCCCAGAUGUGUCUGCUGACUUCAUUCUUGAAGCACUGAAGGUCCAUGCGUUUGAUGCAGAAUCCACCAUUGAAAUGCUUUCUAACUUGUGUGAAGCUGAUGGCACUGAUCAGUUUGCUGAAGUAUCAGGAAAGCCGCCUCAGCAGCAGCCCCAUCACCCUUAGGCAGAAGGAGAACUCUUCAGCUACGCCUGAUUCAAGUUAAUCGUCGCUAUCAUCGAUACUGGCGUAGCGGAGUACAACCUCUCGCUUCUGUUAAAGAGUUCAUCCCGAAGUGUUCGUUUAGGGCCAAAAGCAACAAGUACAAUGUGUUUGGGGAUUUUAUUACCGGGUGGAAUGUCUGCUUUCUUCGUUGGAGUCCGCUACAACUUGGUGCCUAGUUUCGCCUACACCUGUUUAUCAUAAGUUGUGCAGCUCUUCUUGGUUUAGCCGAUUCUCUCCGUUGUUUAGGUUUUAAGAAUCCGCAGGCUGCGCUUGUUUCAUGAACCUACCUACCUACCUACCACCCAUUGCCAGAAUACUGUAUGCUUGUUUGCAUUGUGUAUGGGGAGACAAAUGAUUUGCCUUAUUCUGCUGUGCCGAUUUAAAUGAGUGCAAAGAGACCUGAAUUCAGUUGAUUGUGUGGAGAUUUCGGAGACCAAUGGAGCUUGUGCUUGUUUUAUCAA